UCGUAGCCCCUCCCCCAACAAACUGAAAGUAAAUUCCUGUCUCAGAGCAGAGCAGGGAGUCACCGUGACAGAAAUAUCCUUCCAAUAAGUAAAUGGCCCCCGUGAGGGCUUUAUAACAUGAGGGAUAAGCCCCCCCCAGGCUGCACUGCCCCUCAGUAUGGGGCCCCCCAGCCUCUCCUGGUUCCUACUGAUCUCUCUCUCCCUCACAGGAACAGGUUCUUUAAGGGUAGAAAUGGGGGCGGAGCCUGUGAAAUCCCUGAGGAAUGAAGAAGCGUUUAUCCCGUGCUCUGUAACCGACUGGGGCCCCGGAGACAUUAGUCCCCCCAAACUGUCAGUUGAAUGGACCCAGAAAACCCUGAAUGGAAGUAAAGGGCCAGUGUAUCUGUAUAUGUCUGGGACUCACACCCCCACCCGGCCCGGAUCCUACAUAUCAGACCGGGACCUUAUAACCGGCAAUGUGGGGCUUCACUUACCCCGGGUUCAGUUCACAGAUGAAGGAGAAUAUACCUGCACUGUCAUUUAUACCCCUAAUAAAGCCGUGGGAGAGUCUGUCCUGCAGGUGUCAGCUCCCCCAGCCCCCAGCCUGACACCGACUGAUAUCACAAUGGAGCCCGGAACAGAGGCGACAGUUACGUGUGAGGCCAAUGAGUUUUAUCCCAAAGACAUAACUUUCCAGUGGAUCAAAUAUCCCCGAGGUUCUGGGAAUGUUCCGUUACAAAAAGGAGUCUCCUACACUCACCCAAUAGAUAAUGAAGAUGGAACCUUCAAUCAAAGUAGUUUUCUGCGGAUAAAUCCGACACUAGAAGAUAAUGGGAACGUCUAUUCCUGUAAUGUGUCCCACAGAUCCAUGGGAACUGAUCUGCAGCUCUGUCUCACUCUCUCCGUCACAGAGCCAGAUACCCCAAAAAGCCAAAUUACUGCAGCUGUGGUUGGAGCGGCCAUUGCAGUCGCACUUGUAGCUCUGAGCAUUUAUCUCUACAUUAUGUUCUGGCGGAAAGAGCCCCCCAAACUCUCUCCCAUUACCGGAGCGGAACAUUUGGUGCAUAUGAACGAGGCGACUCUCUCCUGCCCGAUCUCUGGUUUCCGGCCAAAGCCCAUAGACAUUCGUGUGUAUUUGAGAAGGAAAGAGGGGGAAGAGAUGGAAAUUUACCCCUGGAAAUCUGAGCCACAAACUGGUUCCUCUGCCCCACGGAACCAUGGGAACAAUUCAGCCGAGAUGGUUCAGUUGCUGCACAAAGGGGACGUCGAUAACUUGCCCCCAACACAGAGGCCGCUGAAAAUCAAUGUAUUUCCUGAUAUAAAAUCAAGUAAAAGGGGUAUUUCCAACUGUCAGUGCACAAUCCAUAUAACCCCCGACAUAGAGGAAGAUGAUGGGGCAGAACUGACUGUGAGGGUCACUCACUCUGCCCUGAAGGGCCCCAUCUCUGUGUCCUGUCGGCUGGAGGUCAGGGGAGUUAAACCCAAACUAUCAAAGAUCGUAUUCCCGCUCCGUAUCCUCCAUGAAGAACCCGUGACUCUGACCUGCCCCAUCAAUGGGUUCAAGCCAAAGCCGCUCUCUGUUACUUGGCUGAAAGUGGAUCCACUGGGUCAGGAAACAGAACUUCUGAGCUGGGAUCGGGGUACAACCGACAUCUGUGAUCCCCAAUAUUCCCAUCAGCUGGCGGAGAAUGAGAGAAAAUGGGAAAAAGAAGAAGACGACGAUCGCAUUAACUAUUUCCUAAGCAACGUGACCCUGUUGCCCACAGUGAGGGGGGAUCACGGGGCUCAGUACGUCUGUAGGACUCACCAUUACGCCACAGGGGAAAGGGCAGAGAAACGUAUGGAAAUGCAGGUUUUAGCUGCCCCAGAGUUGGGCCCCAUACAGAAAUCCCCAGAGAUUCUAUACGUUGGGGAAGAGAUGACGUUAUCCUGCAGAAUCCAUUCCUUCCACCCAGAGAUCCUGGGAGUUUGCUGGUAUAAGGGGGAUGAGCUCUUGGCAUCAAGCACUGAUCAAGCCCACCGGGGCGCCAAUCACCUGUUAGACUGUACCAGCCGUGCCACAUACAGGCCCAGUGUGAGGGACAUUGGGAAGAGCUUCCGGUGUGAGGUCUCUCAUGAGAGUCUCCAACAUCCUAAAUGUGUUUCCUGGGAACUGAAACAUCUGAUAAGUGAGCCGAGGGUAAGUGCUAUAAAGUGUCACCCUGAGGUCCCUGAGUGCAACCAACCUGCAACCUUAUCCUGCGCUAUAGAGAAUUAUUAUCCCAAAGUCCUCACCAUCCAAUGGUAUCGGGGGCUGAAAGUCAUCUCUAUUGAUAAUGAUCCAAAAGCUGCAGAGGAAGACCAAGAAUCAGGACUUUUCUCCAGAACCUCAGAAAUACAGAUCAUUCCAACUAUUAAUGACCACGGGACAGAAUUCUACUUGAAGAUCACUCAUGGCAUGAAGAACUUUGAAAAGAACUUUCCCAUGAAACUAAGAGGGCUGCCAGAUGUUAAAGAUAUAACUUGCAAUAAGUACCCCCCAAAAUAUGGAGAAGAACUAACCCUAAGCUGCGAGGUGAUUGGAUGCAGCGCCCGAGACAUCACAGCGAAAUGGCGAGAGGGCAAUAAUCCCAUAAAGAGAGAAAUGGAAGCAAAGACCCAAAUAGAUAGAGAUUCGGUCACAUUCCUCCUCACACUGACGCCCACAGCAGAGCAUCAUGGGAAAUUAUUCACCUGCCUGAUAAAGCACAAGGACCUACCCCAGCCGAUUAGGAAGAUUAUCUGCCUGAAGCUGCUGGAACCUUCCAACCCAUUGCCGGGAGCUGGAGCAUCAAAAGGAACAGAACCAGUAGGAGGUGUGGAUGCAUCAGGAGAUGAAGUGGAUGGAAGGAACCAGCGAAAACCAGCUUCAGGAAAUCAGUUGGAUGGAAGGAACCAGCCAGAAAUAGGAGAGAUUGAGUGUGUGACCCCCCCCAGCCCCAGGGAGGGAGAGGCCGUUACCCUUCAGUGCAUCAUUAGAGGGCAAGAUGUGCAACAUGGAGACUUCUCCUGGAGUGACGGGAUGUUCCCCAUUGAUGAAAGCCAAAUAGACAACUCCAACCUCCCUGAUGGCUCCGGCUGUAUCUCCAGGGUCACCUUCACUCCUGAUGAUGGGCAAAUCAGAUUUGAGGCCACGUUUAACUUCGUAACCACGGAGAGAACCUACCAGAUUUCAGAUUGGGGGGGGUCUAUAAUAUUCCCCUAUGUAAAACUCUGAACCCACUCACAUUUGGUGCUUAGUGACUACAAUGGACUGGAGAUACCAAGUGUCUAUAAGGGGGGACAGCACCCCGAAAUGUUUUGUAUUACAUAGGUCAGUUUUUUCAAGUAACUGUUACUCGCAACUUAAAGGGGAACUAUCAUGAACGGGAAUCAGCUGAACUUGGCCCAGUACUGACAGUCAGAUUGUGUUCUGAGCAGAGAGGAGUGGGAGGGUCCAACCAUUCUUGACCGACAUCUAAGGUUCAACCAAGGUCGACUGGGCUGGUGGGAAACGGGAAAAAAACCUGGUGGGCUCUGCCCGCCCAGAACCGAUCCCUGCUGGGUGUGUUCUCCAUACCUCCCCCCGGGACCCUGCCACCUACCCAACCCCCCCUCCCGAAGCAAUUAAGUAUGUGUGCUCAGGGGAGGGGUUGGGUGUGCAGUGGGCACCCAUGGGGGAAGUGUGGGGACCAUGGUGGAGAUCCCUUGGGGGGUACGGGCCCCUGCUGGUAUCCCCAGUGGUCCCUGCAUGCCCAAAGUCCAACCCUAAGUUCAACCCCCACCUGCCCUUCCUAUCUGAUAGAAAACCUGGAGAAGAAAAAAUAAGAUUGAUUGAAUUAUUUAUAUGUAUGUAAGCUAAUCAGUAACAGAAUAUAUGGGCCCCCGCCCAGCCGGGCUCCGUUCCUUUACUCCCCCUAUGCACGUGUUUGCGGAUGAGGGGUGUGGCCUCAUGACAUGCUGCAGCAAAUCAGCUUUAGCUCUGAUCUGUCACUCACACAUUUCCGCAUCACUGACACACCCCCAGGAGGCGGAGAUUCCAGAGGGCGGGAGGGUGGGAGGCGGCUUUAAAUAAUUACCCGUAACUGUGCGACCAGCAGCAUUUUUAAAAGCUUUAAAUUGAAAGUUUGUCCAGACUUUAUAUUUUCAGUAUUAGAAAAACAUUUUUCAUGAUUGUCCAAAAGUUUAGCUUUUUGCACUUUUAUACCACAGAACUUUGUAACGUUUAUUUUUGUUUCGCUAAAAGUUUUUAUUUCUGAUGAAAAAUAAAAGUUCACUGACACUUC